AUGGACAGGGAAAGGAGCACAGCAGCACAUGGGCAUAGGGGGGCGGCUCCCGCACCUGCUCGGACUUUGGACGUUGCUGCUGCAGCAGCUGCAGCAGCAGCAGCAGCAGCAAUACAGCAGCAGCAGCAGCAGCAACACAGCAGCAGCAGCAACAGCAACGCUGCGGCAGCAACACAGCAGCAGCAACACGGGAGACCCGCCGACUGCAGCAGCAGCAAGACAGCAGAAGACAUAGCAGCAGCAGCAGCAACUGCAGCAGCAGUAGCAACAGAAGCAGAAGCAGCAGCAACACUAGCAGCAACAGCAGCAGCAACAACAGCAGCGGCAGCAAUAGCAACUGCAGCAGCAGCAGCAGCAGCAACAGGAGUAGCAACAAUAGCAGCAGCAGGAACAGCAGCAGCAGCAACAGCAACAGCAGCAGCAACAAGAGAAGCAGAAGCAGCAGCAGCAGCAGAAAUAGCAGCAGCAGCAGCAGCAACAGCAGCAGCAGCAGCAGCAGCAACAGCAGCAGCAGCAGCAGCAAAGAUGGCGGUGCGGAACGCUAGUGUCCCUCAGCUGCUGCAGCAGAUGAGUGAUAUUGAUUUGACCUUCGCAUCCCCCUGCACUUGCCAGCAGCAGCAGCAGCAGCAGCAGCAGCAGCAGCAACGGCAGCAGCAGCAGCAGCAGCAACAGCAGCAACUGCAGCAACAGCAGCAGCAGAACAGACAAACGGGUUAUGGCGGCUUCGGAUUUAACAGAGGCAAUCCUCAGCAGCCCACAGGGUUUGGGGGCGGCUUGGGAGAGCCGCGCUGCUUCUGCUCUGCUGCAGCAGCUCGAAGACACUUCUGUUGA